AUGCCGAAAUUUACAUUUCCCGUCCCCGGCCGGAAACAAAAAGCACCACCGCCGCCUAUCGUGUCGGCACCGCUCACUACCAAGGCACAGAAAUUCCUGGGCACGAGCGAGAUCAACAUCGACUCUCCGACACUCCCCAAGGACCAAUCGAGAAAUUGGGACGCCAGAUCGACGGGAGGAAUCAGCAUCUCCAUCUCCGAGAGCACUGCUAGCCACGAUGACCGCGAAACCGGCCUGGGCAUCCUCACCGAGGGCAAGGUAGUCAAUGGGGCGAGCCCGCGACUGGGCAACUUUGAUCAGGAGUCGAGCAUACUACCGCCAGAGAUCUUGCACAAUGGUCGGCCUCUGCAUGGCCGGGCGUCGGGUUUGCCAGCUAUUGCCAGCGAUGUACAUUCCAUUACCGACGCCUCGAGCCUGCGCCGCCGUCAAUCUUCGUCGACGAUUGUGUCCUACUACGAUUCGGCCAAGGUGCCGCUCGCCAUAUCCCAACAAACGUCCAACUCAGCCAUGGCAAAGGGCCUGCCGGCCAAGGCUAGUGCCCUGCUUGACAUUGGCGGAUCCUUGACGGUUCCUCAAAGCAUGGAGAAAAAGAAGAAAAAGCCCGCCAAGCUCGACUUCUCGCAGCUCCUUCCGAAAAGCCGGUUCAACAAUGGCUCAAAGAAUAUGGUCCUGGGUGCUGACCUCAUGACGAGAUCGCCUUCUGUGCUAUCCGUGUCCCCAGACGUUAGUGGCCCGCCGACGCCACCUACAGUGGAAAGGCGCCCUCGCCGCAAGCUCACCAAGGAGAGUUUGCGUGACGUGCAGGCAGGCGGACCGACCUCGCCUCACAUGAUCUCGCGCAAAGCUGCCGAGAUGUACAAGGAGGCAUCCCUCCAAGACCUGACUGAGCGCUGCUCACGGACGAACUUGCGCGAGACUGCCGCCCGCCGUGCACACCCUGUCGAGGCCCAAGCGAUCGAUGACAGUCCCUCGUACGGCUCCUCUCCUCACUCGUCCUCCACACGCGGCUACCUCAGCCCCUUCCCCUCCGCCCCGGGACGUGCGCCGUACCUGGGCAAGAAGUCGUCGGCGGCAGAUCUCAGCGGCACAGAGACGCCCGUCACGGCCGUCAUGAGCCCGCCGUCCGUCCAGUCGCCCACUGACUGCGGUGCCAGCAUAUCCAGCAGGCACACGCGCACCUCUAAGGCGUCGAAGCGGACCGACCGCAGCAUGACAGAGUUCGAUCUUCAGCAGAACAGUGUGCUGUCCCUCUCUUCUGACUCGGAGGAGGACGACUACGUGCCGGGCAGGAAAGGGUCGCUCACAAGCACCGGCCCGCGGUCCCCGACAGAGAUUACGUCGCAGAAGGAGAGCCCCCCGAUGUCGAGGGGUUCGUCAAGCGCGAACCUAUCCCACAAGCGGCCCGGUUCUGCAUCGACCAACAGCAACAACCAGUACCUCACCAUCCCAGAAAAUCAUGCCACUACGACCAGAGCGCCGCAAAUAUCCACGCGCACAAGCUCGCUGACGUCGGCUCUUACAUCCUCCGCCCCCUCCUCACGAAAGAUGAGCUCCACCUCAGCGCACUCGUCAUCAGGAGUCUCGAUGAACUCCAUCUCGACCGUAAACUCCGCCAACAACGACACCGCCGCCACCGCCGUCGUCCACGAGGCCCGCGCCAUCACCAUGAUCCCCGCCCUGGGCGCCAGGUACGGCGGCCCCCGCGACAGCGUCGACGACCCCUCCGGCACGGCGGCGCUGUCCCCUUCCUCGGUCGACUUCUACAUGCACUCGCGGCACUCGUCCAUGCAGGACAACGACCGCAGCUCCGUGCGCUCGUCGCGCAGCAUGGGCGCCAUGAGCACCGGCAGCGCCGCCGGGCGGCGCAGCAGCGCCAACGGCCGGUUCAUGGCCGUCACGCGCCAGGAGGAGAUGCUGCUGGCGGCGCUGCGCAUGAAGCGCGCGCGCAUGCGCGAGAACAUCAUCGCCGAGUUCGAGGAGGAGCAGCACCAGGUGGAGGGCGCCGGUGGCGACGACGCCGGCAUGGUGCACAAGAGGAGCGGCUCGCGGCAGGUCGUCUCGCAACGCUCGAGCGCUGACACCAUCACUGCGGCGGCGUCGGCGGCCACGGGCUUGAAGUCCUCGCGCAAGAGCUCCAAGAGCAGCAUGUCGGCCCUCGCCGCCGCCAACUCUGACCUCAGCGCCAUGGUCCACGGGACUGCUGCGUCGUCCGCUUCUGGAUCCGCCAGCAACCGCGCCCCCAAGGGCGAGAGGAUCCUCAUGUGCCUCGACAAGCCCGGCGACCACGCGCUCAGCGCUUAUGACGCGGCCGAGCCGAGUCCGGACCUAAGCGACUUUAUGGACUACGACGACACCAACAGCUCCGACUCGUACCCCUUCAACACGCCAGACUACUCGCCGCUGGAGACGACGGCCGCCGCCGCCGCAUGUGGCGACCACCAGCUCGGCCCGCGGCCCGCCUCCCGCACAGCACGACCCUCCCGGCGCGAGUCCUCGCGCCAGCGCCACCAGCACCAGAGGGACUCGAUGCUGGUCAACCCGCCCGGCGACACGCCGCGCAAAGGCGCCUCUUCGCGCCGGCACCAGGACGACGUGCACGUGCGCAUCGUGGAGGACCCCGUCGAGAUCCCCGCCGCGACGGGGCGGGGCCUGAUGCGCGACGACGACCUCGCGGGCAUCCCCGAGGAGGCCGACGUGCCGCGCCCGGACUCGCCCAGCGUGGGCCUGUCGAUGCACCACCAGCCUGCCAGCCCGGAGACGCCGCUCCCGCGCAAGAAGGCCGUGCGGAUCAGCGCCGUGGGCAUGGGACGGCCCGGCGCGGACGGACCGGGGUGGUGGCCGUGA